AUGUCCGUCUUUGCUGUCAACCCAUUGCUCCAGCGAGCACUCACUACCAGCCUCAGAACAGAGCGCGAAGACGUUAGAUUGUCGACUGCCACAGCCACAGACGUUCGGUCGUUGCAGGACAUGAACUUCACAGGCGCCUAUACGGAUUCUUUCUACGAUCCCGUCCAACUAUCCCCCUCAAUGACCCAGAUUAUGCAACAAUUUUCCGACCGGGAACCGCUAACGGGAGCCAUUUCUGGCUGCACUGGGAAUUGUUCCGGGACACUUGCAGCUGCUGGAAUCGAUUUCCGAUGCAGCAUAGUUCGCAACACCAGUUUCGCUGCCAACUUCAGAAACGGGGCAGGUGGCACCACACAAGUUUUCAAAACCGGAACAAAUGUCAUGAACUACCACACCGGUGCGAACUUCAAUUUGACCGUAUUCUAUGCCGAGACAGACAUAAGUGAUGGCGAUGGUUCGGAAUACGAUACAAUGAAAUCAUACCACGGAGUGUCAACAACUGUCACCCGUGUUCUUCAACACGCAGUUGUCGCCUAUCCGUUUUCGCAGAGAGAGGGAGUCAUCACGCCCGAAACUAAACGAGCCAAGGUUCGCCUCCUCUCCACGGAGCCCGCUCUCAUGAACAAUAUGCCAUCCGACAACAGAGGUCCCGUAUUUGGCGGCUUGGAGACGGAUGGGAAUUCUGCACCAGCGGGCCGCUUACGGCGCCCUGGGCGAGCUAUCUUGUCCGCGGCGCCGCCGCAGGGACUUGUGCUGUUUGCGUUCAGGUAUCCUACCGAUGGCACCAUUUCCAAGCUCAACGAGAUCAUGUUCCGCGUGGCCGUGGAGGCGCCGAAUGCUUCCAGCCCCUGGACCGAGUUUGACGCUCAGCAGCAGACCGUGUUUAUCAUCUACGAGUCUCGAUAUGUGUAUCUAUGGGGGGCGUUGGCCAUCACGGUCUUGGCUGUGGUGGCAGUAGUACGGACGGGUGCCGGAUUCCAUAACCUUGGCCGCCCCUUUUCGUUCAGCCCGAUUGAGAUUGCGACCGCUUUCGAUUCUCAGAUUCUUCAAAAGCCGGGAACUUCGAAUAUGGAUAUCAAAGAGUUGAUGAGUAUUUACUGCAAUACCGGAGUCGAAUACACGUCGACCGAUAGUUCCUACCAGGGGGAGGGGGGGUCUGAUGCAGUACGGAUGGGUCACGGUAAAUCUGCGGUGAAUUCACCGUGA